AUGGAUGUCGACAAGCGAUACACAGACGAGUGGAAGGCAUUGAUCAAAGCUUUCGAGCAGAAGAGCGGAGAAGCGUGGGAGAAGUACCAGGAACAACGAGCGAACGGCACGGAUGUGAAUCAGUUGCUUCAAACAGCAAGGAAGUGGGAGGAUAGACUUGGAGAGUACGUAGAGCCACCAUUCAGAUUCUUUGGCGCAAUCAUGUUUGUGAUCACCUCUCGUCGCUAACCCAACUACUCAGAGCAAUCGAAACACGCUCCGAAGAACAAACAGCAUACUUCGCCGCCAUGCACGAGCUUUUCCAACUGGAAGAUGGCGAAAUCUUGGAAGACGACCCGGAUUAUGAUAGGGAGAUGAAGAGAUAUAAUGGCCAUGAAUACUGGCUUAAGAAGGUACAUAAGUGGCGUGGGGAUUGGAGUGAUGAGGUUAAGGCUAAUGAGGCACUGACCAAGGAGGGGAAGACGCCGGAGCGGAAUGCCGCUACCGAGAAAUGGGCUGAGGAGGGGGAUGUUGAUAUGGAAGAAGAUGAUGAGUAA